AUAUGCAGUCCCCCUAAGUGCCCCCACGGGCUCUGAGACCCUGGCCUCCCUAUGGAGCUUUGGACCUUAGGUCCUUCAUCAUAAGGUCCCUUUAAGUACUUUGUCCCUUACCUGAGUCCCGCCCAGGGCAGGUAAUCGCAAACCCCGCCCCUCUGCCAGAAACCGGGAACGGACUGCUUGCAAGGAGUGGGGGUCCCCGCCUUCCUCUCCCCGCCCCUCUCUCCUGCUUCCCUUCACAGCUGGCUGCAACUGGCCGAGGAGGCCCCGAGUAAAGAGGAGGGGACAGUGCUCACAAGUCUGGGCAGGGGCUGAGGCACCUGUUGUCUGUACCACACCUGGUUCCAGGUGUCCACAAAAUAUGAGGGGCCACCCCUCUCUGCUGCUGCUAUACCUGGGAUUGACCACCUGCCUGGACACCUCAGCCCCUGGGGAGCAAGAUCAAGUCUUCCUGGACUCGCCUGAGGCCCAGAGCUUCCUGGGUGGCCGCAGACGGAUCCCACGCGCCAAUCACUGGGACCUGGAGCUGCUGACACCGGGGAACUUGGAACGAGAGUGUCAGGAGGAGAGGUGUUCCUGGGAGGAGGCGCGGGAGUGCUUUGAGGACAAUACUCUGACGGAGCGCUUCUGGGAGGAUUACAUAUACAACGGCAAAGGAGGGCGUGGACGAGUGGACGUAGCAGGCCUGGCUGUGGGACUGACCUCUGGCAUCCUCCUCAUUGUCCUCGCUGGCCUGGGAGCCUUUUGGUAUCUGCACUGGCGUCGGCGUCGAGGCCAGCAGCCUAGUCCUCAAGAGGCCGAGCUCGUCAGCCCCCUGAGCUCUCUCGGCCCACCGACGCCCCUGCCCCCGCCUCCGCCCCUACCGCCGGGCCUCCCCACCUACGAGCAGGCGCUGGCGGCCUCGGGCGUGCACGACGCACCUCCGCCCCCUUACACCAGCCUCAGGAGGCCUCGCUGAAGGGCAGCUUCCGAGCCGGGGAUCCCCGAACUGUGCCCCAGAUUCACACCGGAUUCCGGAAGCACCCAGGCUUCUUAAACUCUGGACGGAGCUGAGCUGAGGGGGUGGAGGGAGUAGGGGUCGCCGGCCCGAGCCCUAGGCCUACCCUGGCACACGUGUUUCCGCCGCGUACGGAUACACGCAUGUCCCCGGACAACGUGUUCCCGCGUCCUGGGCCCUGGUGGACCCCCACGCUCUCCUGACUGUGGGGGUACCCGCCAGCCCCACCCCCGGUGUAGGCGCGCGUGGAAACUCGGACCGAGGCGGGCAAUCCGGGUGUGCAGACUCGCGGGUGAGCAGGUGUGACACGGCCAUCGCCUUCCAGUACCACGGGCCACGGACACGCAGAGCCCCGCCUGUGCACACGCAUGUCUUCGUGCGCUCCCCGUGCGCGCACAGGGGCGCUGUGCAACCCAGGGAAAGGGUGGGGGGCAUAUUUGCAAGCGUGCUCGGUGGGGGCAGGCUGGCAUUACACCCCGGGGGACGAGCUGAGCUCUUCCCCUAAAUAAACAGCCUAUGGAAAGGAGACCAAAAAAAGCAAAACAAUGCAAAAAAAUAAAAUCAAAUAAACUGAA